AGCAAAUACCUCUUUGGUAACGCCAACAAAGAAUCCAUCAUCGAACUGCCCCAGGGCCAGCUAUACCUCGUCCGCCCCCGCUCGCUCAAAGGCUACUCGGAACUCAUCUUCAAAGACGCUGCUGCCUCAAUCCGACGCACCGGCCAAGAAUACCAGUACCAGCUCGUCGUCCAACGGGUAUACGAAGAAGGCGAAGCAGAGCUCGUAGGAGAAGACGGCACACAAGACGACCGACUCGACGGCGUAGCAUCCGACAAGGACGAAAAGACCUUCCUGCUUGACGAGGGCCUGCACUUCCGUGUAGACAUCAGAGACGACGGCGAAGUUGUUCUUGGCUGGCUCGACCUCAGCGGCGACGACGGAGACUUGUUCGAAUUUGUCUGCGACCCUUCAGCAACUCCCGAAACCGCCUCAUCCUUUGCUCUCGUAGCUGCCCAGUGCCAAUACGAGCGCAAGUACCGCAGCCCUCGUGACCUCGCUACCGACGAAGAACUGCGCGAGUUCAGUUUCGACCACGAAGACCCCAUCCCACACGCCAGUCCUAUCCAGAGCCCCUCGCGCUCCCCUACCAUAUCCCGCUCUCCAACCGUCUCUCCACCUCCCGCCACGCCACGCAUGCCAUCCCUAACCCAGUCCAACUCCGGAGUCAAGCGUAGUGACGCCAUGCCCAGAACCACCAGAUCUGGCAAGGCCCCUCUCCGAGCCUACGAAGAGGCUCCGACCAUCGCUCCUUCGGCAAACAAGGCUCCUGAGGCUCGCGAAACUCUGGCCGAUCAAGACGUCGAGCUCCACCUCUUCGACUUUCAGUCCGGUACUUUUGUACUGCAAGCCGAGGGUGUCAACGCUACCGUCACAGAAGUUGGCAACUGGAAGUACUGGCUGCAGCUCAACAGCGACGACAGAGACUGGCUCGGUCAAGAAGUCGUUCCCGAACUCAACCCCGUCUUCAACUUUGAAUAUCUCUCAUUCAUCUUUAAUCAUUACAGCGAAGAUGGAAAUGCCUACUCGUGGCUUCUGCGCUUCAAGGAGAAGGAAUCUCUGGAGGAGUUCCAACAAGGUCUGAUGCAGGCUCUCUGGGAGCACUCGAACCAGACAAAGUGGCUCAAGGCAAAGGACACGGAAAGAGACUAUGUGCUCGACGCCUUCAACGACCUCGUCUUAGAGGAUAAAGACGACGAAAGAGAGGCCGAGGCUCGUGAAGAGGACGAACAGGAAGAAGAAGAAUUCUAUGACCAGGAAGAGGAGGAAGACGAGGGACAGAGAAGCGAGCACUACGACAGUGACGAGUCGGAAGAUGAUGUUAUCACCAGAGAUGAGGACGGAAACGUCAACUCCCAGCUCGCCGUCGGCUACAAGCACGAUCGCUCAUUCGUUGUCAGAGGCUCCAAGAUUGGUGUCUUCAAGCACACUCCCGACAACCAUCUUGAAUUUUCCACAAACAUCUCCAAGGUCGAAACACCCGGCGGCAAAGUCUUUAACCCCAAGAAGAUCAUGCUACACGCCGAGGAUCGCAACAUGAUUAUGCAGGAUGGUGACAACCCCAACUCGCUCUUCCGCAUGGACCUUGAGUAUGGCAAGAUUGUCGAUGAGUGGAAGAAAUUCAGUCAAAUGACUGGCGAGCAAACCUUCUUGGGUCUGUCCAACAACGCUCUGUACCGUAUUGAUCCUCGCCUGCAAGGUGACAAGCUCGUCGAUUCAGAGCUCAAGCAGUACGCCACCAAGAACGGAUUCACCGCUGCAGCCACAACCGACAAAGGAUACAUUGCCGUCGCUUCAAGCAAGGGUGAUAUCCGUAUGUUUGAUCGUCUCGGUAUCAACGCAAAGACACACAUUCCUGCUCUGGGUGACCCGAUCAUCGGUCUUGAUGUAUCCGCUAACGGCCGUUGGGUCCUUGCUACUACUCGCACUUAUCUUCUGCUUAUCGACGCUCUGCAGAGCGAUGGCAAGAAUGAGGGCAAGCUUGGAUUCGAAAAGUCGUUUGCCAAGGACUCGAAGCCUCAGCCCCGUCGUUUGGCACUCACACCCAGCCAUGUUGCACAGUUCCAGCAUGAAACAAAGGUCGCUCUGUCAUUCACACCUGCGAGAUUCAACACUGGACCUGAUGCUGACGAGACAACCAUCAUCACCGCGACUGGACCGUUCGUCAUUACUUGGAGUCUCAAGAAGGUUCUCGCUGGCCGCAAGGAUCCGUACAGCAUCAAGCGUUACGCCGAGGACGUCAAAGCAGACAACUUCCGCUUCGGUAGCGACAAGAACAUUGUGGUGGCUCUUCCCAACGAGGUCAACAUGGUAGCCAGAAGGGCAUUGCAGAGACCAACUCGUGAGAGCAUCAUGGCCACUCCUAGAAAGACUGGCCGUGGUAGCUAUCUGAGCAGAAACGACAUCGUCAACAGCCCUUACUGA